GCAUGUUUAUUUCAGUUUGGUUGUUUGUGAAGCUCGGGUGUGGCAGACCCAGACUUUGUGAAAUGAACACGGCAUGGCCGCAUCAACAAGACCGAUGCAAUUUCCUUUCAGCUCAGACCUGAGACAGAAAAGCCUCUUCCUGCUGCUGUAUUCCUGUGAGCCGCGGUGUUUUCAGCUCGGUCAAUGCUUUCUGUACCAGCACAGCUCGACGCUGCGUCCUUCGAAAGCCUCUUCCCAGCCAGAGACGCCAACUUCAACUCGACAACUUUCAUCCUUCAUUCUUCAAACCGGACUCUACAGCAGCUGCUAAACAGAAUCCCGUGUGCUGCCAUGGACAGUGUGGAGAUGGAGUCUGUCCAGAUUAAAGAGGAGUUCCCUGAACUUGAACUUGUCCCCUUUACAGUGGAGUUCUCUGGGCUGGCUUCCCUCCCCAUUAAACAGGAGCUCUGUGAGAUGCAAUGUGACAGCAGCCAGCCAGAGGUCUCUGAGAUUAAAGCAGAGCACAAUGAAUUGGAGAUUCCCCAGACAGAAGAACCCCUUCCUGUGAAACAAGAAGAGGUGCUGGAAACUGUCCUUAUUAAACGGGAGGCCCCUGAAGUAGGGUUUGAACACAUGGAACCAGGGAAGGAAGAAUCCGAGGACUUCAAACCAAACAUCCCUGAGCUGGAGCCUGUACGCCUGCGGGAGUGUAGCGUGGUGCUGGAGAGAAUCUGCGUGAGAGAGCAAGGCGCUAGGGAGGAAGGCUCUCCCAACAGCACGCAAGGAGGUGGAAAGGAAGACGGGCGCUCCCAUUCAGAAUGCAGUCUAGCAGGUUCCAGUCCAGCAGCUAAAGCGAGGGCGGGCGCUGGAGAAUAUCCUGACUGUGGGAAAGGUUUCACCCAGUUAGGGCAUUAUAAAACACAACAGAGAACUCACACAGGAGAGAAACCAUAUCGCUGCACUCGCUGCAGGAAGAGUUUCAGUCACUCAGGAACUUUGAAAGCACACCAGAGAAUUCACAAUAAACCGUAUCGCUGCUCUGACUGUGGGAAGAGUUUCAGUAGGGUAGACCACCUUGUUUCACACCAGCGAACUCACACAGGAGAGAAACCUUAUCACUGCUCUGACUGUGGGAAGAGUUUCCGUUGGGUACACCACUUUAAAACACACCAGCGAAUUCACACAGGAGAGAAACCGUAUCACUGCACUACAUGCAGGAAGAGUUUCAAUAGCCCAGGAGACCUGAAAACACACCAGCGAACUCACACAGGAGAGAAACCGUAUCGCUGCUCUGACUGUGGGAAGAGUUUUAGUUAUUUAGGAAACUUGAAAGUACACCAGCGAUCUCACACAGGAGAGAAACCGUAUCGCUGCUCUGACUGUGGGAAGAGGUUCAGUCACUCGGGAGACAUGAAAAAACACCAGCGAACUCACACAGGAGAGAAACCGUAUCGCUGCUCUUACUGUGGGAAGAGGUUCAGUCAGUCAGGCAUCCUUGAAACACACCAGCGAUCUCACACAGGAGAGAAACCGUAUCGCUGCUCUGACUGUGGGAAGAGGUUCAGUCAGUCAGGAGACCUGAAAACACACCAGCGAACUCACACAGGAGAGAAACCGUAUUGCUGCUCUGACUGUGGGAAGAGGUUCAGUCGGUCAGGACACCUUGUUUCACACCAGCGAACUCACAAGAAAUCGUAAACCUCCUAAGAGAGAGGAUGCUCCCUCCAGUCCAGGUUUGAACUGCUCCUUCCCUCAAAGUCUACAUCAGAUUUGAAGCAACGAGACUGAUUUCAUAUGCUGGCCCAGCUGCUUUGUGGCUUCUUAUCAUUUUUGAAGCUGGUAAAAUAAGAUGUUCUGAUAGGUUUGAGGCAGGUUUGAGGCACAGAGACUGAACUACCCCAGCUGGGUUAGUCUAGGGCAGGUUUGAGGAACAGAGACUGAACUGCCCCAGCUGGGUUAGUCCAGGGCAGGUUUGAGGCACAGAGACUGAACUGCUCCCUCCCUCACUAAGUCCAGGUUUGAACUGUUCCCUUCCUCAAAGUCUAUAGCAGAUUUGAAGCAACGAGACUGAUUUCAUAUGCUGGCCCAGCUGCUUUGUGGCUUCUUAUCAUUUUUGAAGCUGGUAAAAUAAGAUGUUCUGAUAAUUCAAGCAGGUGCAGUGGGGGGAUUAUAAUCUGUUCCAGCAGCGAGCCCAGAUUACCCACUUCACAAAAAAAACAGACACAUUGAAAAACUUGACAUUUCGCUGCAGAAUACGCCCGAAUUCCACCAAUCAGAAAUCAGCACGUUGAUGCCUUUUAUUACAAAAACGUUUUUUUAUUAUUUAUUUUUUUUAAACAGUAAAAUUUCUUUUCCAGCAAGCAGGAAUUCAAAUGCAAUUCCACAGAAGCUAAAUCAUCAUCAUCAUCAUCAUCAUCAUCAUCAUCAUCAUCAUCCUAAUUAACAAUUUCCCACCAACUUCCAAGGAAUGAAUCAAAUCAAGUCUUAGUAAAUCACUGACACUUAGUUUAAAAACCAGAAGCCACCUUCUUUUAAAAAAAAAUAAAUAAAUAAAACACCAGCACAAGCCUUGCAGUGCCUGUUAAAACUGUACAGCUUGUGCGUCUGGCAGCUGCAGCGCCCCCUAGCAGACGAGGACUGGUUUGACGGCUGCAGUGUUUCCAUUGUAUAGGCUCUGCUCUUUUCAAUAUUAAUAGUAAUAAUAAUAAUAAUAAUAAUAAUAAUAAUAAUAAUAAUAAUAAUAAUAAUAGACUUCAUUGAGGAGAGCUCUGAACCCCAGGACUGGGUGCAGCAGCAGGGUUAGUGUGAGUUUCUAACCCUGCUCAAACUCCUGGCUCCUGAUCAUUUCAAUAUUAAUAAUCAUAAUAAAAUUUAAAAAUAAUAUUAGACUUCACUGAGGGGAGCUCUGAACCCCAGGACUGGGUGCAGCAGCAGCAGCAGCAGCAGCAGGGCUAGUGUGAGUUUCUAACCUUGCUCAAACUCCUGGCUCCUGAUCAUUACAAUAUUAAUAAUAAUAUUAGACUUCACUGAGGGGAGCUCUGAACCCCAGGACUGGGUGCAGCAGCAGCAGCAGCAGCAGCAGGGCUAGUGUGAGUUUGUAACCCUGCUCAAACUCCUGGCUCCUGAUCAUUUCAAUAUUAAUAAUCCUAGACUUCAUUGAGGGGAGCUCUGAACCCCAGGACUGGGUGCAGCAGGGUUAGCAGAUGUUUCUAAGCCUGGCUAAAGCCUAUACAAGGGAGGGGGUAAUUUGGCUGUGAUUUGCCCCUGGGGGGGAAUACAGACCAGGGAGGUAAAUCUGUUUCAAAUGAUAUUGUGACACACUACUGAGUGAUGAUGAUGAUGAUGAUGAUUAUGAUGAUGAUUAUUAUUAUUAUGAUUAUGUUUUUUUACGGAUCUCAUUUAAGGAGAUAUGUUCUGAAUUGUUUAAUUGAGGUUUUAAACCUGCUUUCCUCUCUACAUGAUGUACUUGUGAUGUGAACCCGCGUGCGGUACGUUCUCGAGUGACGUGGUUAUUUCGCUCGUGUGGGAACAUGCAGGAAUCUACACAAACACAUUUAAAAUAAAGACCAUGUGUCCGGAUAUCAGGCAGCUCGAGGAUCGUUUCUGUCGGUUUUUAAAAACAUGUUUGCGAAACCGGUUCAAACACGUGUGCAGUUUGAGUGAAGCUACACUGACAAAGACACUCGAGUCGAUCAGCUGAUCGAAAAAGUAAACAAACAAAAACUAUACUAGACACACACAGGAAGAGGAUCUGCUUGGCACGCAUUAUAAACACUUACAAAAAAAGUGUCGUGUGUCCAGCACGGUCGAGAACAAGCAUUGAACCCCAAAUGCAAACAUACAAACAGGCCGCCGCUGGGAUUGUUCAAACAAGAACAUAAGAACAUAAGAAAAUUUACAAACGAGAGGAGGCCCCAUUCAGCCCAUCUUGCUCGUUUGGUUGUUAGUAGCUUAUUGAUCCCAGAAUCUCAUCAAGCAGCUUCUUGAAGGAUCCCAGGGUGUCAGCUUCAACAACAUUACUGGGGAGUUGGUUCCAGACCCUCACAAUUCUCUGUGUAAAAAAGUGCCUCCUAUUUUCUGUUCUGAAUGCCCCUUUAUCUAAUCUCCACUUGUGACCCCCUGGUCCUUGUUUCUUUUUUCAGGUCAAAGAAGUCCCCUGGGUCGACAUUGUCUAUACCUUUGAGGAUUUUGAAUGUUUGAAUCAGAUCGCCGCGUAGUCUUCUUUGUUCAAGACUGAAUAGAUUAAAUUAUUUUAGCCUGUCUGCAUACGACAUGCCUUUUAAACCCGGGAUAAUUCUGGUCGCUCUUCUUUGCGCUCUUUCUAGAGCAGCAAUAUUCUUUUUGUAACGAGGUGACCAGAACUGAAAUAAAGGCACGACUCCUACAGAUCAAAUGGGGGCUCAAAAGACAGAGAAAGAGCGCCCCCUGCAGUCUGUAGCAGCUUUAAAGCAAGGAGACCGACUCCAUGCCCACGCCGCUGCGGAAUGCAAACGUGUCAUGUGACCGCGGGUCAGGUGAUAAGAAGGGAUGUAGUGACGUAAUAAACAGGGACGUGCGAUUUUUAAAGACACGUGGUCUUUUUUUUUUUUUCAAAGAGAACAAAAUCAACAACAAAAGCCAGAAGUAGAAAAAGAAAAAUACUUACAUGCACCAGGUGACGUUGAAAAAAAAAAAAAGUAAGUUGCAUGUUUAUUUCAGUUUGGUUGUUUGUGAAGCUCGGGUGUGGCAGACCCAGACUUUGUGAAAUGAACACGGCAUGGCCGCAUCAACAAGACCGAUGCAAUUUCCUUUCAGCUCAGAGCUGAGACAGAAAAGCCUCUGCCUGCUGCUGUAUUCCUGUGAGCCGCGGUGUUUUCAGCUCGGUCAAUGCUUUCUGUACCAGCACAGGUAUCUGAUGCUCUCGCUAUAGCGAUACUUACAGUCACGCCAUCGGCUUUUCAGCACCGUCCCUUAUUAAAUAUAACCAAUGAAUUGGCGUUUCCGCUGGUAUAGCCGGUUUGUACUAGCGCAGGCAUGCGACAAAAAACGACCUGAAGUCGAUAUAGACGUAAGGUAAUCAAUAUAUUGUAGCGAUGUGUGCUGCGUGUUGUGUUUUGUCUCACCUGAGCGCAGGUGUGGGGUUGUGUUAGAAUAACUCGGACUAAUCGUAGUAAUUUAGACUAAUCGUACGAAGAGUUUUAAUUUAAUGUGUUUUGAUGAUUUCUGUGAUUUGUAUAACCUGAAUAAUGAUAUUAUAUUUAGUUUGAUGUUAACAAUGUAUUAGAUUUACAAUGUUGAACCAACACACUGGAAUGUGGCCUAGGAGCAGCAGCCCUGUUUUUAGAGAAGAGCAUGAGUCAGCGACAUGAGGAUAGGACACUGUCUCAAAUGAUAUUAGAUACAAAGAAUAAUUUGAGACAGCGACAAUUCCUCUUUUCUCCCCAGUCACUUAGCUAAUAUUACCAAAUAUGGAUUGUUAUUCUUGUAUUGGGGGAAUCAGCUUUGUGGGACCUGAUAGACACUCUCCCUAGCAACUAAAAAAUCAACCAAUCAGAAAAGUCGGUAGGCAACAGUAUCAAGAAUACCACAAGGUUGGUUCGAGCUGACUAAGGAAGAUAAGAAUUACCACAAGUCAUGAACUCUGUGCAAAAACUGAUUAUAUAAGGAACUGUUUGACUUGGUGUAUUCUGAGCCUUCUUAGCGAUUGCUUGCAGAGUCUGUGUUACUCUGUUCAAUGCUUGCUCCAGUUUGCAAACUAAUAAAAUGUAAACUUGC